CAGCCCGCCUGGGGGGUGCCUAGAAGGCCGAGAGUUCCCGCCCGCGCCAGGCACAUGCAAUGUUCCUCCCCCGGCAGCGGGUGGUACAGUCCGGCCAGCGCGUCCCGUUGCUAGGGCACGGUCACGUGCACCCUGAUGCCCCCCCCGAGCGGUACGCGGGAGCCGUAGCCCCGGGCGCCGAUUAAUCGAAGCUGCCAUGGCCGAUGGAGUCGGGACGGGAGAGGAAGUAGGAGCCAUUUUGGUCCGGGUUCAAGAAGACCUUCACCAGCUUAAGGACAAACUGACAAGUAUCAACCUUGAACAAAAUGGAGAGGGUGUGGAUGUUCAUGUUCUUGAAACAGCCAUUGAAAGAACUGAAAUUGGGCUGAGAAAACAUGCUGAGAAUUAUUUAAAUGCCAUAAAUAGAAGUGUGUUGACUAUUCCCUAUACUGAUGAAAAAGAAAUGUAUUUAGAACAGCCCCCCAAAUGGAGGCUUCCUAUUGGUGCUGCUCAGAAGCAGUUUAUUUUUCCACGGGUGCCUGUUAAACCUCCGACUACGCAGCCGUGUGGCAGAUCAGCACCACGUAUUUCUCCAGGUUCACAGAACAAGCUUGCAAUGAAUGUGAAAAUCAUGUAUGAUCCAGGGGACACCAGUAAUAGAGUUCUUUUAAAACAGAACUACGGAAUCAGUUUGCCACUUAUUAAUAAGAGAAAAUCAGCUCCUGUAUGCACUCAGAAGAUAGUGAAAGGCCCUACAGUUGGUAACCUCUCGGUUUUGCCUGCCUCUCAUCAAAUGGAUUCUCCCUUACCUAUAUUAGAAAGGGAUGCAAGGAAAGGUAUCCUGAAUCUAAUUGAGCGAAGGCUAAUUCCACCAGCAGCAAAGAUUACACUUGAGUCACCUCCUGUUUUACCCAAAGCAGCUCCUCUCCAUGAAUUUCACAAACAGCACAAGAAGCCAGUUGUAGGAGGGAUUGGUAGUAAGGUGGACUUUGCUGGUACAGACAUCUUCAUCUUUCCAGACUCACAAAGAGGUCCCGAUGACUCAUAUUCCUCAAACAAAGGUAGCAUUGCUCCACCUCCGUCUAGCAGCUCCAUGGCUUCAGCUAAGAAAUCAAAGCGAUUAUGGACACAACCAGCUCAAGGGCUGGAGUUGAUAAAUUGCACUUCCCCUCCGCCAAAGAGCCCACAUAUGAUGCCACCUCAGCCCUUACAGAAUACAUUUUUGGAUUAUGAUAUAACUAUUUACAAUGGCACUAUAGAUCAUAAGGCUCCAGAUUUCCUGGCAUUCAAGCAGCACUAUUGUUUAGCCUGGGGAAGUAUUCUUUCUUUCUUGGAAUAUGUUGAGAAGCUUCUCAAGGACUAUGCAGUACCAUUGGCUAUAAUAAAGAGUAAGAAGUUGAUGGAACUCAUAUCGGACUUUGAACUUAACCAGAGGCCAACCAGAGAUGACCUUCUGUCGGUGAUAAAGAACCGGACAACUGUGAAAAGGAUCUUAAAUCAACCUGGCCAGAGAUACAAAGGGCAACAUGGUACUGAAAUGGCUGCCACAAAGAUCCAAGCAACAUGGAGGCGCUAUACGGCCAGAAAAGCCUACAUCCAUUUCAGGCAGCAGCAGUGGGCAUCAGGUGUGAUUGCCAUUUCUUGGCUCUUGCAUAGUCACAUGGCACGUGUAAAAAAGACCCUGAAGGAAUCACGUCAGAGACACCUGGAGAAUUUUUACAUCAGGGCCAAGCAUCUGGCAGCCAACUGGAAUCGCAUCAGGACCUCCAGGAGGACUAUUAUCCAUAUCCCAUCAUUAGGGUAUUCCCAGUGCAUUCGUGAGGCUGCUCCUGAUUUUGCUCUUCAGCAGAAUUUGCAGAUGGGGAGGCUGUGUGACAUACUAGAUGCCAACGUUGACGUCAUCUACAUCUGCCCCCUUCAUCUGAGUGAGGAGUUACUGCAGUAUUACAAUAAACUCCUGGGUCUGCAGGCAGCUGUUAGAUCUGGGAACCCUGAGGACAUGGGUGACCUGCAGGACAGGUUCAAAAUUCUCACCCCUGAAGCUAUAAACAGCUUCCCAGGCCAUCACAUGUGCUUGGCCACUCAGCUGAAGUACAGCCCCAAGACAAUCAAAAGAAUAAAAAAUCUCAUCCAAGGCAAAGAAGCCUACAUCAUUGGUGGACUUCCUCACAAAGAUGAUUUAGCAGUGGCUGACAUAUUAAAUGUGCCCAUAUUGGGCUCUGAGCCAGAAGUAGCUCAUCUCUAUAGAACUAAGUCCGGAAGUAAAAGAAUCUUUGCUAGUGCUUGUGUGCCAAUACCUCCGGGAGAAUAUGACAUCUAUAACCAUCGACAGAUGCUUGAAGUUCUGAGUCAGCUGAUCAUAGAUAACCUGGGAGUGAGACGUUGGUUGUUUAAAGUGGACGAUGAAUUUGGAGGAAACGGCACUGCAUAUUGUGACAUUGCAAGGCACCUGAAAUGCUACCAUUGGGCCCAGAAGGAAUGUCAGAGAUACAACACUGAUAUGUGGAGGAAGAAAUGGGCACACGAGCCAGCUUUGGUGAAGAUCUCCCAGGAGCUCCCGGGCCUUUUAGCACAGCACGCACAGCCAGUCAAUGAGAAACGAUUUCCUACAUGGGAAAAAUUCCUCCAAACAUUUCUUAGUCAAGGCGGUGUGAUAGAAGCCUUUCCACCCUCAGAAAAUGUCACCAACCUUACAGUGGAUAUGCUGAUAGAGCCAAUGGGAGACAUAAGGAUAGUUUCAUCCGGAGAUCAGAUCCAUGCAGAUGGUCCUUUGCAAUCAUCUGGCACCACUGUUCCACAGUGUUCAGUUGAUCCAGCAGUUCUUAAUUCAUUAUGUUUAAAAAUUGGAGAGGCCUGCAAAUCUAGAGGGGUGCUUGGCUACUUCUCAGUUGACCUUGUAACUUUCAUCCACCCGCAAACAAUGGAGCAGCAGGUGUGGGUAACAGACCUUGACCUUUGCUACAGUGACCAGCUGGCCUUCACUCAGAUCAUGUUGUAUGUGACGAAUGGCAAUCUGGAUGGGUGCUCUAGCCGUUUUGAAGUACCACUUACGUGGAAGAAAACAAAAAGUCACAGCGUUCAGAGUGAGGAGGCAGAAACUCCAUCUCCAGUAAGCAGCCGCUAUGCAGUCAUGAGCAGUCAGCUGAGGCACUCCAACCUUUCAGUAAUUUACUAUAGUGUUCUCCUCCAGAUAUGUAAGGCUCAUGGCAUUGGAUUUGAUGUCCAGGAAAAACAAGGAACAAUUUUUAUACUGUACGAAGAUCGCAAGCGGUGCAGAUUGGGAAUGAUAACAAUCGGAGAGGAUCUCCAGGGGGUCCUCAUGACCUUUGCUCACAAUCUCUUCAUCAUCCAUCAAGAAAUAUCAGCACCUAAUAUGCAAGGCGAGACCAAUUUUAAGAGAGCAGUUCAAGAUAUUGAAGCAAUUCUGGGAAUAACAGCAGAAAACAAACUGAAAUUUGAAGAAGAGGAAUCCUCCAAAGAAGAUGCUCCCCAAGAAUAGUUGACUGAAAUUUUAAAACUUUUUCUUUAAGCCUCUAGGAAAAACUUCCUCAUUCUCAGGAAUGCAGGAAAAAAAUAAGUUACGUGUUUUGUUGUCCUUGUCUAUUGUUGAAUGAAUAUUAGCUUAGACUGGAAAUUUUAAUGAUUACUGAGUGAGCUUAAAUUAUUUGUAAAACAGUAACUAAAAUAUCCCUGGUUGUGCAAAGGGAAAUCUUGGUGAAGAACAGAGGAACAAAAUAAAGGUCCAUUUUCUUAUAUCUGUCCGCCAACUUCAUAUUAUGAAUACUGGAGUACAGCUGUAUACAGUGGUCAUACCACUUUCUUAUCUAUAUCACUGCUUAUACAUCCAUACUCUAGCCACCACAUUACACUAGGAGCUUAUGUUCAGUAGGUUAUCCACCAUUACCCCUAAGUCCCUUUCAGAGUUAUUGCUUUCCAAAAUACAGUCCCCCAUCCUGGAAGCAUGACCUGUGUACUUUGUUCCUAGACAUGUGAUCUUGCAGUUGGCUAUUUUGAAAUGCAUGUUGUUCAGGUGGGCCCAGUUUAUCAAGAGAUCCAGGUGGUUCUGUAGCACUGACUUACCUGUAUUGUUGUUUAACACUCCACCAAUUUUUGUUUGAGCUGCAAACUUUACCAGCAGUGAUUUUAUAUUUUCUUCCAGGUCAUAGUAUAAUUAUACUGAGUAGCAUUGGGCCAAGAACUGAUCCUUGUGGAAAAACAUCCCCAUUGGAUGAUGAUUCCCUGUGUACAAUUACUUUUUGAUAUUAAUCAGUUAGCUAGUUUUUAACCAUUUCAAUAUGUUCUAUGUUGAUUUUGUAAUAGUGCUAACGUUUUAAUCAGAAUUCUAUGUGGUAUUAAGUUAAGUGCCAUAUAGCAAUCUACGUAUAUUAUAUCAGCACGGUUACCUUUGUCAACCAAACUUGUAAUCUCAUCAAUAAAAGAUAUCAUGUUUAUUUGCCAAUAUCUAUUUUCCAUAAAACCAUGGUGAUUAUCAUUAAUUAUGUUACCCUCUUUUAAUUCUUUAUUCACUGGAUCCCAUAUCAGCCUUUCAAUGAGUUUGCCUUGGAUCCAUGUCAAGCUAACUGGCCAAUAGUAACCUGUGUCAUCACAUUUAACCUUUUUAAAUAUCACCACCUUCACCUUUUUUCGGUCGUCUAGAAUUCCUCAGCUUUUCAGAUUUGUUAAAAUAUAAUGUUUUCCUCUCUCCGUUUUUGAGGAUUCUUCUACUGCCCCUAUUUGUAAAUUGUGAAAGGAAGGUUUUGAGCACUCAGAAAUGGUUUGUGUCAGUAAUUUAGAUAUAGAUGGUAAAAUCACUUUUUCUUUCCUGUGUUUCGUAGCAUCAGAUUACUUGCCAUUUGCUGUCUUCAGGGCAGGAGGGCAAUGGAAAGGGGAAGACCUGUCUCCCCAACCAAGGCUGUAAUAUUUAUCUUGCUGGCAGAUUAUGCUCUUGCUUUAAAUUACAAUUUAUUUCCUCCUGCAGAUUGAAUGUAUUAUCUCCUGAACAUGCCAAGUCUCUACCAUGCUACGGCUAAAAAAUCUCAAGCAAAUACCAAAGCCAGGGUUUUCCAGUCAGUAAUGCAAUUCACUAUGGAACUACAGUGUACAGGGCCUUUCUUUUUCAAAGACAGGUUUAACUGAAAUACUCAAGUGCCAUUCACGAGCCACAGAUCUGUGAACUCAGUGCAUAAACUUCUGAUCAGCCUCUGUAUUCUCCACAGUAGUUGAAGAAAUAAAAAUAGAAGUGAGAACCUUUAUACGAUAUGUUGAUUUAUUCUUCAAAU